AUGACCUCACUCAACCAACAACUACUCAACCUUCUCUCCUCAUUCACAAAAGAAACAGAAAAACAUGAGACAGGACUCUUCAAAUUUCCAAAAAAAACCACCGUCGUCGUAAAUGAUGACAAUCGCAGGAUUCUUGUCGAUACGGUACGUUCUUUCAUAUCAAAGUCUGGACUUACACAAGCUAGUAACGCUCAAGAUGCGCUAGAUGACGAGAAUACGUGCCUCAGUGCCUAUGGAGGAAGAAUAAAAUUCAUCAACUUUGUCUUGGCUCCCUUACCGUAUCCCUUGAGGAUUUAUGAAAGAUGUAAAGCGUUUACACCAAUCUUUGCUCAGUUAAUUGAUGAAAUGUGCUCGCACUUGGAUGAAUUGGAUGAGUUAUUCUCGCCAAUUACUUCUGUGGAUCCUUUUGUAAAGGGUUUACUGGAGAUAUCUAGGGAAGUGUAUGGGCCUAAUGGGAGGGACUACAACAAGGACAUUAGAGUAUACAUUAACAGAGCUGAUUACAUACUCCAUUCUGAAGAAAUCGCACAACAAUCAAACUCAAAAACUAGCAAUGAGGAAAACAUGCACUGUACUUUUUGCCAUUUCGAUCAUUGUCUUUGCAAUAGCGGCACAGAUUUGAAUAGUGACAGAAUGCCCUUUAAAAGUAAUGAGAAAACACACAAAAUUGACCCUAUACCGAAACUAGUCGAGGUCAACGUAAUCGCAUCUUCGCUUUCCUAUCCGUCGGGACAGCUUUUUAAAACACACAGAAGGAUGAUUAAACAUCACAUUAUCGAUAGAGGCAAUUCUAAUUCUAAAAAGAGGGAGGAUUUAACAUCAGAAAUGGAAAAAACACAUGUUACUAAUUACCCGAUUCGUUUCUAUGUUGACACACUUGCAGCAUCACACAACUUGUAUAUUGAAAAACACCCACCAAUAUUCGGAAAACACAAGGUCUCUAUAUUGUUAGUUAUAUCUCAAGACAUGUCAAACUAUUUUGACAUCAAUUCUGUCUCUGAAAAUCUCCAUGAAGAGUAUGGAAUAUUAGUAAAUGUUCUCACCGUUGAGCAACUAUGCAAUUUGAUGAGGCAGAGGAAGUUGCUUUUGGUAAAUGAAUGGGAGGUUGAAGAUGGAUCUGUGAGAUUUACACGAGUAUCAACUCACUAUACAGAAAAGAAACCUGGAAGGCUUAUUCUACUCAAUAAUGAACUUGAUGAUUCCGCAACAUUAAAAGACUUUACGGGUUGCUACGAAGUGAGCGUAUUGUAUUACAGAACUUGGUAUGACCCUAGUUGCAUCGAAUCAUAUAAAGAUGCUUGGAGUUUACGUUUGCUUUGUGAAUACUCCGAUGCAGUAAAGGUUCCAUCAGCACCCGCACAACUUGCUUCGUCAAAGAGAGGACAGAUGAUAUGGAGUGACCCAAAACAUAUAGAUCGUCUACUUGCUUCUCACAAAAAGAGAGUAAAGGGGGAAGCCUACAAUGAGGAACUUUUAGAUGCCGUAAAGGAGACUUACAUUUUGCAGGUUGAUCCAUCCCUUGACGUCAACGCUGAAAUUGUAAAUGACGCUAUACAGAAUCCUCAUAGAUAUGUUUUAAAAUCGCAACGAGAAGGAGGAAUGGGACUAGUAUCUAGUCAAGAACUGGAGAGCACACUAAGGAAUAAAGACGGUCUAUCCCAGUAUGUUUUGAUGAAGCUGAUAACCCCUCCAGUUCAACCAACUCUCUUUGUGCGUAACAUUGUAGAUGGAAGAUUCAGCGUUGAUGCCUACGAGAGUAUAACGGAACUUGGAAUCUACGGCUUUACCAUUUACGAUGGCAACGCGUGCAAACUCGCCACUACAGGCGGAUACUUGGCAAGGACUAAACCAGAGUUCGUAUCCGGAGGCGGAGUAUGUGCCGGAUUUGGCUCCUUAAAUUCUCUGAUAUUCUUUUAA